AUGUUGAGUCUGUUGUGCUUGCUUAUCCUUGGAUUUGCGGUUUCCUCCGCUGCUCUCACUCGUUCAUCUCUUCGCACCGGUGGCGUGAUCCAUGACUUGACUCGGUUUCGCUUGAGAUCGCGAGCCUACUAUGUGCACUCGGUUGACGCCAUGACUGGAAAAACUGGUCUAUUCAUUCGUGCUAGGCAUGAAAGCUACCUUGCUACCGCAGCAAAGCUUGUUCAGACUGUCGUUCCAGGCGCAGACUUUUGCAUUGUGGCUGAUCAUUAUAUUGGCGAUAAUGGCGUAGUCCACGUCAAUCUCCGGCAGACUGUUCACAAAAUCGAUGUAGAUAAUGCGGACUUUAAUGUCAAUAUAGGGCAAGACGGAAAAGUUAUCUCGUACGGCAACUCAUUUUAUGUCGGUGACGUUCCCGAGGCCCGUCCUCUGAUAGAAAAGAAUUUCUUGGGACUUUCGAUUUCCCUGGAGAAUGCGUCGUUGGAGUCGACAAAGGAGCAGAACUCUUACGUGUUCAAGGGCACCUCUAGGGCCAUGACUAACCCGAGGGCGAUAUUGGUCUACUUUGUCAAGCCUGACGAAAGUCUUGCUCUUAGCUGGAGAAUUGAAACGAAUCUGGAUGAGAACUGGUUCUUGACUUAUGUCGACGCAGGUGGCAACGCGAUAAUUCACGGUAUUGUGGACUACGCCGCCGCCGCCGCAGAUUACAAAGUCUACGAAUGGGGGCUGAACGAUCCAACCGAGGGGUCGCGCACGAUUGUCACCGACCCCUGGGACACGACUGUGUCUCCGUUCACCUGGAUCGGGAACAAUGGAAUUGCACAGUCAAACCCUACUGGUUUCCAGACCUAUCUCGACAAUUAUCGACUAAACAGCCUGGGUUGCAAGUUCGUAUACCCAUACUCACCGACCAUGUCUCCACCCGACUCGUAUGUGAAUGCGUCAAUUGUGCAGCUGUUUUACACAGCCAACACCUACCACGACCUGCUCUAUGAUUUUGGGUUUACCGAGAAGGCCGGCAACUUCCAGUGGAGCAACAAUGGGGCAACCAACAAUGGGUACUUCAAAACUCCCCCGGACGGCCAGCCCGGGUACAUGCGCAUCACGCUCUUUACACACUCGACUCCCUACCGCGAUUCAGCCUUCGAUGCGGGCAUGGUGAUCCACGAAUACACCCACGGCCUCUCAAAUCGACUGACCGGCGGUCCGGCCAACUCCGGAUGCUUGUCCAGCUUCGAAGCGAGCGGCAUGGGGGAGGGUUGGAGUGACUUUAUGGCCACCGCGGUGCGUCUCAAGGCCAACGACAGCCGUGCCACCGACUACCCCAUCUGCGCCUGGGUUGCCAAUGCGCCAGGGCGAAGCGCGCGCGCCUACCCCUACUCUACCUCCCUCACCACCAACCCGCUCACCUACGCCAGCCUGAACCGCAUGAACGAGAUGCACGAGGUCGGCACCGUGUGGGCCACGAUGUUGUACGAGAUCUUGUGGAAUCUCAUUGACCACCACGGCAAGAACAACAGCCCCAAGCCAGUAUUCCGCAACGCCGUGACUACGGAUGGUAGGUUCCUAGCCAUGAAGUUGAUUAUGGAUGGGAUGGCUUUGCAACCUUGCAACCCCACAUUCUUUCAGGCCCGGGUUGCUAUCUUGGGAGCUGAUACGGUGCUCACUCAAGGCGCCAAUCAAUGUGCAAUCUGGAAAGGCUUUGCCAAGCGUGGUCUAGGUCAAGGGGCUGAGUAUAAGGGGUCUUUGUGGUUGGACAGCAACGCUGUUCCAUCUGGAGUCUGCUGA